AUGAAGUUCACUCUUUCAUCCAUCAUCCUCUCGGCCCUGAGCCUGGCUUCCGCCGCGCCCAUCGCCAACUCCUCCACACUCUACGAUGCCGUCAUCGUCGGCGGCGGCCCUUCAGGCCUUGCCGCCCUGAGUGCUCUCGGCCGUGUCAGGAGAAAUGUUCUCCUCAUCGACUCUGCUGAGUACCGUAACGCGCCCACGAGGCACAUGCACGAUGUCCUCGGAUUCGAUGGCGUCACCCCCGCAUGGUACCGCUACGCCGCCCGCAAGCAGAUCGAGGCCUACGAGACCGUCUCCGCCAUCAACGGCACCGUCACCAAGAUCGGCGGCAGCGACGCCGACAACUUCGAGGUCUCCUACACCUGCGCCGAGAACAGCACCCAGACCGUCAAGGCGCGCAAGAUCGUCCUCGGCACCGGCCUCCAGGACAUCCUCCCCUCCACGCCCGGCAUUGAGGAGAUCUGGGGCAAGGGCCUGUACUGGUGCCCCUGGUGCGACGGCCACGAGCACGCCGACCAGUCCAUGGGCCUGCUCGGCGACCUCACCGACGUGCCCUCCCUCGUGCGCGAGAUCCUCACCCUGAACACCGACCUUGUCGCCCUCGUCAACGGCACCGACACCCCCGAGAACCGCAACGCCACCGAGGCCAAGAACCCCAAGUUCCAGGAGUUCCUCGACCUGCACAACGUCACCGUCGAGAACCGCACCAUUGCCAAGGUCACCCGCCUCCAGGACGGCGGCGCGCACCCCGCCGACCCCUCCCUCGCGACCGCCCCCGAGCACGACCUCUUCCGCGUCGACUUCACCGAGGGCGAGCCGCUCGAGCGCUCCGUCUUCUUCGCCAGCUUCCCCGACGAGCAGCGCAGCUCCAUCGGAGCGGAUGCCGGCGUCACCCUCUGGGGCGGCAGGCUCGCUGUUGACGUCGCCAAGGGAUACGCGACCAACGUCAACGGCAUCUACGCUAUUGGCGACGCCAACUCGGACAACAGCACCAACGUCCCCCACGCCCUGUACACUGGCAAGAGGACUGCUGUCUUCCUCCACGUCAGACUCGCCAAGGAGGACCAGGCUAAGGAGACCGGCGUCGAGCUGUCUACCCUGCUCAAGAGAGACACUGAGCACGAGGAGCGCGCCCUCUGGGACGUUGUCAACGGCAAGCGUGACGAGAUUCUGUACGCUGGCGAGUUCGACCAGUAA